AUGGUUAAGCCGUGGCCAUUCAAAGCUUGGGCGUUGGAUGUAAUAGGGAAAAUCCAUCCGACGUCAUCAAAGCAACAUUCAUUCAUUCUGGUAGCAACCGAUUACUUCACCAAAUGGGUAGAGGCAGUCCCUUUGAAGAAUGCGACGCAAAAAGAGCUCAAUCACAUUAUUUAUCGAUUUGGGAUUCCCCUACCCUUAUGGCCGAUCAAGGCUAAUGGGUUGGCUGAAGCGGCAAAUAGAAUUGUCAUCGGUAUCAUCCGAAAAAUGGUAGAGGAAAAUCCAAGGAAAUGGCACACAUUGUUGUCUCAGGCAUUUUGGGCCCAUCGAAAUAGUAGAAAUACGUCUACUGGAUUCUCCCCAUACCAAUUAACGUUCGGGCAAGACAUUGUUCUACCAGCGGAAUUUGUUGUAGCUUCACCCAAAGUGGUUAAUACAACAACAAAUAUUGAUGACGUAUGCACAAGGGAUGUGGCAACAACUGGAAGAGGUGGACACAGAUUGAUUAAAUGUUCUGGAUCGAGUAUUUAG